GCUAGCUAACUGCAGUACUUCUAAGCUAUUAGACACCUUUGGAACAAGUUUCAAAAUGCUAGGAUCUACCAUGCGGAGCUCUUUAUGUCUUCUUUUCCUGUUCAAAAUUCUAGUCCCUAGUUUUGCCGCCUCUCUCCAUAGCCAACCUGACCAGCAACAGAUUGAAGAAGUGUUCCUGGAUGCCACUUCUGCAAACAAAUUCUUGAGCCGUAAGAUUCUUUAUAACCACUGGGAUUUUGAGCUGAUUGUGCCAGACAACUUGGAGCGUGAAUGCAGAGAAGAAGUUUGCAACUUUGAAGAAGCUCGGGAAGUCUUUGAAGACGACUCAAAAACAAAAAAAUUUUGGGAGACCUAUCCACACAAUGGAAGAGGAGGAGCAAGAAAUCCUGGAGUAGAUGUGGCAGGCCUGGUGUCUGGCCUGAUUGCAGCUUUGGUGUCCAUUGUCAUGUUUAUAAUUGUGGCCAUGUAUUGUAUCAAAUACCGCGCUAAAGAGAGAAAUCGAUCCAGAAGAACACAGGAAAAUUUGAAUCCAGGGAUUCCCCUUGCCAGCUUUGAUGAUGAGCCCAAGCCGGAAUCUGCACCUGGGCUUCCUUCUUAUGAGCAAGCAAUGGCAGCUCCAGGAGUACACGACGCACCACCCCCACCGUACAACAGGAAUAGUGUCAAUUUGACUCGGCCAACCUGAGUUUUCAACAGCAGGAUAAAUAUUCUUGAAAUACCUAUUGGUCUCCUUCAUCUAUACAAAAGACACUAUGCACACACCUGCAUGACAGCCAAAGCAAGGACUUUGAAGCGGACAAUUAAUGCAUACUGGAUAUGAAUCUGCAGUAUGAACAGGCUGUAUGUGAGAGUCAGGUGUGCAGAAAAGGAUAUUGCAGAAUGUUUUGGUUGAAAAAAUAAAAUCUAAAAUUGCAAAUGCGCAUAUUAGGACUGUUAUCACUAGAUAAUGUGAAAGUGAAUUGCUAAUUUGCACAGAUUUCCUCCCCCCAUUUUUUUCCUCUUCCAUUCAUCUUAUGAAUGAGUUUUUUAUAACUGUCUUUUCUAUCAACAUGUGAUUUUUAAGGAUUAUAUUGAGGAUAAAUGAAAAUUGUUUUUAUUUGAAGAUAAAGAUGAUUGAUUGUAGCAGACUAAUUCAUAUAAUAGGAACUCUAAGUUGGAGUAAGAAAUCUUAUAGCCCAAGACAGAAAUUCAGUUUGGGGAAACUGCCCUGGAUUAUGCAAGCUCAAACAUUUAUUCAGGUGCAGAAAGAAUAGGGAUAUUAGAAGUUGUCUCCUGUAAUUGGCAUGCAGUAUAAAAAACAGGAAUGGCUAGCUUGAAAUAUUCAUUGGUAAAAUUGCAUUUUGCCCCUGCUUGUUCCAAAGAAUAGUAUUUGUUACGGCCACUGACUAAAUUCAUGAUCCAGAGAAUGUACUUUUCCAGUUCUAAGAACAGAAUAUACAAGAAGCUGACUUAUAUCAGAUCAGGUUAUUUGACCAUCUGGCCCAGUGUUAUUGCUUGACUCACAUCUGCUCUCCAGAAGCCUUAGCAGUGAAAGGCUUCUCCCAUCACAGCUGCCUGAUCCAUUUAAAAUUUGGUCUGGAUUAAGUUUGAUUUUAUUUUCACACAAAGUGGGUUCCCAUCUCCAAGCUCUGUUCCCCUCCUAACCUAAAGACAGACACGCCCACCCAGGCUUCCAAACUGGUCCUGAGAAUCUUAUUAGAGAAGGCAGAUUAGCAAUGCAAAUUGGACAGUAGCACAGGUAUUUCGAGACAAGAAAUUUAGCCAGAGAUGGAGAACAAAUAAGAAAGUAAAAUCACAGAAAAUGGGGGCACCUCUGCAGUGAUGUAAGCAUGAAAGAGAACAAAACAUGUUUAUAUAUGCUUUUAAGCUGUCUGUGGCACAAGAUGAGAAUGAAGUGCGAAAGAUGGUGUGGUUGGACAAAACACAUUUAUAAGCACAGAUGUUAAAUUCAUAUCUGUCCUGCCUUUUCACUUACUUGUCAUGAAAUAUGUUUGCUUAGCUUUGAGCACAAUAGAGAGAACUCUUCAUCAUAACUAUAAGGAAGGGGCAGCAGUUUGCUGAGUGUUGGUGAACAAUAAUGUGGCCUAUUAAAUGAAUAGUCUGUAAAUCUUUUAACAUGAUUUCUAUGGAAAAUA